AUGGUAUCACCUUCAAAAAAUGCACUUAGAUCGCCUCUAAAAGAAACUCACACGAAUUUAAAGACUCCUAGUCUAAUCAAUUUCGAAAAUAACAUGGAGUUAUCGAAGGCUAAACGAUCUUUGGAAAUUGCUAUACAGAAUAAUAGUAACGAGCAAUCUUCUAAUGAUCCUUUGAAAAAGAAACCAAAGAUUGAAAGAGGGAGAUCUAUAGAGGGCGCGGUGUUGGUAAGCAACACUGCUGCCUUGAGAAACAUGGAUCCAAAAGUUACACCAAAGGAAUUACUAGAUUGGCAAAAUAAUUGGAAGAAAAUUAUGAAACGUGAUACUAAGAUCUAUUUUGACACUACCGUGGAAAUUGAUAUCACUAAACAUGCAAAGAGAAGUCUCGAUAAGAAAAAAGAGUUAUUAAGACGCGCUUUUAUAUCCCUAGGGGCUCAAAUAACUCAAUUUUUUGAUACUACUGUCACUAUUGUCAUAACAACUAGAUCCACAGAUCAUAUAUCUUCACUGAAUGAUGCUGAUAUCUUGAAAAGAGCAAAAAGGAAUUAUAUGAAAGUAUGGGGCUACGAGAAGGCUGUCAGAUUCUUAAAAAAUCUAGAUGUCGAUUUCGACGAAGUUAUGAAGAAUAAACAACCCCUAAUAGCGACGCCAACAUUGUCAAAUUUAUUGGAAAAUGAAAAGUUAUAUGGUCCAACAGAUAGAGAUCCAAGGACGAAAAGAGAUGAUACACAUUAUUUCAAAUAUCCUCAUGUUUAUAUGUACGAUCUAUGGCAGACGUGGGCACCAAUAGUAACAUUGGAAUGGAAACCAAAUGAACUAACUAAUGACGAUGAUUUACCUUAUCCAGUUCUCAAAAUGGGUACUUUUGGUAGAUGCCCAUUUAUAGGGGAUAGGCAAUGUGAUGAAACUUCUUAUAAAAGAGUGUUGAAAAGAUUCGAGCGAGAUCAAAUUAAUAAGAAAUAUGCCCUAAGGUUACGUCAAUUGUAUCAAAAUCAUGCUGAACCAAACUCCGCCUUUGAUGAAGGUUUAACCAUCCUUCCACAUGCAUGCUGCGAUUCAAGACAAUCUUACAAUACGUGGCAAGAGACGAAAAAGCAAGUCACUGCUGAAAAGAGAAGAUACAAAGCAGUUAUAGAAUCAGAUUUUCAUGAUAAGGAACAUAUUAAAAAUGAUGAUUACAAAUCCGAACCAAAACCUUCUAAAAUACAUGAAUUCACUUCAGCUAUAGUCCAACCUAUAACCACUGAAGCUGCUAUGGUUGCAUCAACAAAUAUAAAUAGGGGAUCCGCAAACACUUCUUUACAAAAAGAACAUCCAACACCCCAAUUAAAGCAUCCAGUGCUGGCUUCAUUUAUUAGACAAGAAACGGAAGAAUAUCCUGAUGACCUAUGCACUGUGAAAAAACCAUCUAGAAUGCCAUAUGAAAUCAAGGCUAGUGGUGUCCAUCAGUCGAACGAUGUUGCUACCUCCUUUGGUAAUGGGUUGGGACCGACAAAGGCAAGUGUCAUGAGUAAAAAUCUGAAAAGCCUAAACAGAUUAGUGGUAGACAGAAGAUUGGGAACGUCAAACCUUAGAAAGGUCUCUCGUAAUAUCAAAAGUGGAUCCAAGGAACUUGAUCUUCCGGAAAAGCUUCUCGCCUAUACAUCACGCAAGGAAACGUCAUUCACGAAUACAGAAUUAAAGGCUAACACUGAAAGGGAAGAUAAAACCAAGGAGGAGAAAUCACUUAACGAAAACAUAAAGGUUGUAGUAGAACAUAAAGAGCAAGCACCUAAAAGCUCCGGGUACUGUGAAAAUUGCAGAGUUAAAUACUAUUCCUUAAAAGAGCAUAUGCUAACCGAAAGACACGUUUCAUUUGCAGACAAUAAUUUGAAUUUUGAAGCAAUUGAUAGUCUAGUAGAGAAGCUACAAUUUCAAUUUUAG